GGCGCUGGGAGGCUGCGACGCCGAGUUUCACUCCGGCUGCCUCCCGCUCGUAGUCGGAGCUAUAGUCGGGGGCUUCUUGCCAGGCCGAGCCCGAGCUGAAGCCGGAGGUCGGCGGUCCUCUCCACCUGUCCCCUCUGCUUCCCUCAGACUCGGUACCUCGGGAUUGGUGUGGCUGAGUCAGCAAGCCCUCAGAUUUGCCGGGUUUUUGUUGUUUGCCAUUCAUAUCAAGAUGGGAACUCAGACAAGUUAUUGCUCCUGAAGAUCUGGUGCCUCCAUCAAGAAGGGACAGUUUGGUGCCAGUCCGUCAAGUGAGAGGAGAUCCCCUGGAGGUACUGGGCAAUGAACCUGAGCCUGCAACCCAGAGUGGUCUGAAGUCUUCAGGGAAAGCAGAAGAUGGCCAUGGCCCCAAGCUCGUCUCUGCCGCAGGUGUACCCCAGCCCUGUGGUGGUGGCUGUGUGGGAAUGGCAGGAUGGGCUUGGCACUUGGCAUCCCUACAGUGCCACUGUCUGCUCCUUCAUUGAGCAGCAGUUUGUCCAGCAGAAGGGCCAGCGUUUCGGACUGGGGAGCCUGGCCCACAGCAUCCCCUUAGGCCAGGCUGACCCUUCACUGGCCCCUUACAUCAUCGACCUCCCCAGCUGGACUCAGUUCCGCCAGGAUACUGGCACCAUGAGGUCUGUGCGCAGGCACCUGUUCUCACAGAAUUCUGCCCCAGGUCAGGGCAUCAUCUGGGAGUGGCUGGGUGAUGACGGAUCCUGGAUCGCUUAUGAAGCUAGUGUCUGUGACUAUCUGGAACAGCAAGUAAGCCGUGGCAUCCAGGUCGUGGACUUGGCCCCACUGGGCUACAACUACACUGUCAACUAUGCCACCCUAACGCAAACCAACAAGACUUCCAGCUUCUGCCGGAAUGUGCGACGCCAAGUGGGGCCAGUUUACCCAGUGACUUCAGUCAUCGCUCCCCCAGGCCACAUGGGACUCGUCUGUUCUUGCCAACAGUGCCUCCAUGGUAGUGGAACUGGCCCUGUGUCAGGUCGCUACCGACACUCCAUGACCAACCUGCCUGCGUACCCUGCCCCCCAGGCACCCCACCGGACCGCUACUGUCUUUGGGGCCCACCAGGCCUUUGCUCCAUACAAUAAACCUUCACUGUCUGGGGCUAGGUCUGCACCCAGGCUGAACACCACCAACCCCUGGGGCGCAACACCUCCUGUUCCAGGCAACCAGUCCUUGUUCCACUCUAGCCUCUCCCACCUGGGGCCACAGCUCCUGCCCUCAGGACCGUCCACCUCCAGUGGAGCCAGUGCCUCCUUCCCCAGCGGUCCCUCCUCCAGCAGCCCAGGGAGUGCCCCGACCACUGUGCCCGUGCAGAUGCCAAAGCCCAGCAGGGUCCAGCAAGCGCUUGCAGGCAUGACGAGUGUGCUGUCAGCCAUUGGACUCCCUGUGUGUCUUAGCCGCGCACCCCGGCCCACCGGCCCUCCUGCCUCCCGUCCGGCCUCUAAAGGUCACAGCUCAGUUAAGAGGCUGAGGAAAAUGUCCGUGAAAGAAGGGACGCCUAAGCCUGAUCCAGAGCACGUGAUCAGAAAGUACACUGAGGAGCUGAAAAUAGCCCCCGAUGAGGACUGCAUCAUCUGUAUGGAGAAACUGGCUGUGGCUUCUGGGUACAGCGAUGUGACUGACAGCAGGACCCUUGGGCCCAUGGCUGUGGGACGCCUCAGCAAGUGCAGCCACACCUUCCACCUGCUGUGCCUACUGGCCAUGUACUGCAAUGGGAACAAGGAUGGGAGUUUGCAGUGUCCAUCCUGCAAAACCAUCUAUGGGGAGAAGACUGGAACGCAGCCGUGGGGAAAGAUGGAGGUGUUCAGGUUCCAAGUGUCUCUCCCAGGCCAUGAAGACUGCGGGACUAUACUCAUUGUUUACAACAUCCCUCACGGCAUCCAGGGACCGGAGCACCCCAGCCCUGGGAAGCCGUUCACAGCCCGGGGCUUUCCCCGUCAGUGCUACCUGCCAGAUAACCCGCAAGGCCGCAAGGUCCUGGAGCUCCUGAAGGUGGCCUGGAAGAGACGACUCAUCUUUACUGUGGGGACAUCCAAUACCACGGGUGAGACAGACACAGUAGUGUGGAAUGAGAUCCACCACAAGACCGAGAUGGACCGGAACUUGACAGGCCAUGGCUAUCCAGACCCCAACUACCUACAGAACGUGUUGGCGGAGCUGGCUGCCCAGGGAGUAACCGAGGACUGCCUGGAGCAGCAGUGAUCCUUCAGGCCUGCCUCUGUCGACCUCCCCAACAGCCCCUGGGUGGGUGGGCAGGAAGGUGUGCCUUUAUUGAGAGGCAAGAAUGUUUGUUGGGGUGCAGGAUGCGCCCCUCCUAAAGCUGGGGCUUCUCCCUGCCUCUCCUGCCGCCCUCCUGACUGGGCUGGGGUCUGCCUGGAAAAUGGGCACCCUCAGUAUUGUACUUGUGGAGGCUUAAGCUGGAGCUACCUCAGUGCACAGGUGGGAAGGGCCCUUCCAGCCUCAGGUGGGCUGGUGACCCAGCAAGGGGUGAGCAGGGGCUACCCCUCCCAGCUUCUGGUCAGCUUCUCAUACCUCAGAUUUUAUUUGCAAUAAAGACCCUAUAGCCAACAUGUA